UAGGCCGUUUUAGUAGCGCGCGCGUUCCCGGACUGGUCGCUUGUAAAUCUUUCCGUACGAGAGAUGAUAAUAUCGCUUGUGCGAUAACAGUGCAAAGCUCGUUAUCAUCGUUCUUCCUUCCUCCCUCCCUUCGCUCGCCUCUCCUUCCCUUUUUUCUCUCUCGCCGCUCUCUCAACUGUUUUCGUCGGCUGCAGUCAGGUUUCACGUUUGAAGUGUACCGCGAGUACGGCUUCGAUCCUGCGCUCUUCGCUUUUUAGCGACGUUCGAUCAGGCCACGAGACCCUCCAUUUUGACAGUACGCCGGCAAGAUCGCGUGGAACACGCGGAACAGCUGCGCGUCUAUUUUCGCUGGGCUAUCGGAGGCGUGCGGAUCUCGCGUUACGGGCGUGCGGAAGAUAAUACGUUUACGUGCCUGUGCACUAUCUCACGCGGCAGUUUCCCCAGGAGUACGACGUGGGUGCGGCGCAUCAUGGCGAUGGAAUCGAGAUGGAUGCCGUGUCAGCUGAAAAUUGAAGCGAAUAUCUGCAGCGUCGAUUACGAUGGCAUUAUCCUGGUGUCAGGAAGUGCCCCUGGAUCCGACGAGCCGGAACCCUUCAAAACCGUCCUCUACACCGCGGCCCAGAUCGAUGCCGCACUGGGCGUGAUCGGCGCGGUUUUGCCCAUCAAUUUGCCCGCAAAAAGGCUCAUUUACAGUCCAACGGGUCCGCUUAACAUGGAUUAUCACGAUGUGCGAAGCUUCGCAGAGGCUGCUACGAAGGGAAUAAAGCGGGCAUUAAAAGCUGGCGCGAAGCAUCCUUUAUUGGCGCUGCUGCCGGAUGACCGUUUCGAGAACGUUGAGCUGGUUACGCUUCUUGGCGCUAUGGAGGGUCUCUACACGCCCCUGGAGGUGCGAGAGAUAUGUCCAGAUCGGUGCUACAAUCAGUACUCGUAUCAGCUCGGAGUGUGGAGCCCGAUUUGCAGUAAGAAGCUUCAGGGUAUCGUGAAACUCGCCUCGGCACUCGAGAGUGGCAGAUACGUCGCAAGGGACAUUGGAGGCGCGGACCCCGAAAGAAUGGCGCCCCCGAGGGUGGAAGAAUACCUAGCGGAGCUGUUUUGCGGAUCGAAUGUCACUGUGCAAGUGAUAUCCGAUCCGGAUACGCUGCUUCAGGAAUAUCCGCUGUUUGCCUGCGUAAAUCGCGCCGCAUCGGUGAUACCGCGUCACAGCGGCAGGAUUAUAUUCUUGACCUACGAACCGCCUUCCUCCUGCGUCUUGGAGACGAUCAUGCUCGUGGGAAAGGGUGUCACUUACGACACCGGUGGCGCCGACAUCAAGUGCCAGGGCAUCAUGGCUGGCAUGUCGAGGGACAAAUGUGGCGCGGCCGCCUGCGCCGGAUUCAUGCAGGUGGUGAAUUUAUUGCAACCACCCACGGUAAAGGUCGUCGCCGCAUUGUGCGUCGUAAGAAAUAGCGUAGGCGAGAACUCUUACGUCGCCGAUGAGGUGAUCACAGCAAAAUCGGGCGCUAGGGUGCGCGUGGGCAACACGGACGCCGAGGGUAGAAUGGCCAUGGCCGAUGCUCUCCACCACCUGAAAGAGAUGGCUCUAUGUUCCGUCAACCCGCAUCUCUUCACAGUAGCCACUCUAACGGGCCACGCCGUGUUAACUGCGGGCUCGGGAUAUUCCAUUGCGAUGGAUAAUGCGGUGGCACGACUGGCCAGUAACGCGGAAAAGCUUCAAGCUUCCGGCGAAACGAUGGGCGAUCCAUUUGAAAUAUCGCGAAUACGUAGAGAGGAUUUCCUCACCCAUCAAGGACGUGCCGAAGGUGAUGACAUUCUCCAAGCGCUGAACCAGCCCAGUUCAAAAACUCCGCGAGGUCACCAGGGACCAGCCGCCUUUCUAAUUAAGGCAUCCGGGUUGGAUAAGCACGGUACUGAAUCAGAGAAGCCUCUGAAGUACAGUCAUCUGGACGUAGCCGGCAGUGCCGGUGAACUUCCGGCGCAACCAACCGGCGCGCCGAUAUUAGCAUUAGCUAAAGCGUUUCUUCUUGAUAAAAUAGAUACUGGAGAGACCAAGGAUGCGUAAUGCUAAACCAGCUGCCUUAAACAUAUAUUUCUUAUCGUAUACAUCUAAUAUUUGUAACUCACGCAAAAAACUUUGGACAUUAACCAGAAGCGCAAAGGAUUAAUUAUAUCUAUAAAUUCUUUAUCCCGACAGUUUCCGCAAGUUGUGCCGUACGGUUCUACUUCGAGGACAAACGGUUACAUUAAAGUUAUUUGGUAGUCAAAAUUUCGCUCAUAUGUUAUACUGCGAGUGUUACAUACAAAAUUUUAUAUCAUCAGAGCGAUAAAUCAUAUUUAUAGAUAUUUUUAUAUCUCGUACAGAAACGUUCACCAUCAAACCACAUUACAUCAGUCAAGGUCGUUCAUUAUAUACUCGAUCCUCCCCAACUAAGCGUAAUGAAUUUUUUGCGGGCGAACGACUUAAUGUAGAUACCAAACGUUAAUGGCGGAUUAAAAAGCUUUUCCAUUAUAUACAAUAACGUUUAAAGACUCAUUUAUCCACUCUCGAUCUCCCGUUUACUUUCCCUUUCGUCUCUUUCUUUCCUAUUCCCACCCCACGGCUCCUUCUCCCUCCGACUCACUUUGUAUCGAUUGCAGCACGGAGUUUGUAGCGGCACCCCUAUAAAAUACACGCACAUUGACUUGUACGGGCAUCUACCUCGGCCUCAUCACAGCUUCGCGUACAGCGGCAAUCCUGUCUUAGCUAUGUCCUAUUGCUACCUGAUUCAAGGAAAAUGUCUGACAUUGCGAAAUGAUCUUCCCUACGAGAUGCAAUACGUCUGCGAGCUCGACUGCAAGCCCGUCUGCAUAUCGCCCUGUCCGCCUUGCGAAGUUCCCUGUGAUCCCUGCGGAACACCCUGUCCGCCGAUCGCCAGGUGUCCCACUUGUUUGAGCGGGAAAUCCUGUGAGCGACAUCAAGCGCAACCCUAUCCACCUGCCCAAUCCGCAUCGCUAUGUCAACCCGGUCUACCUAAUUCAGAAACGAUGUACCAGGGACCCAUGUGUCAAACGAAUGUCUAAAGAAACGAAUUGAACCCGCGUGCCUGACAAUAUGUCAAGUUACGAAAUAUUCAUGCGGUAUAAGGAUUUAUGAGAACCAUUUUUACGUGGCGAGUCGUUAAUCUCGUCAUCGAUUUUAAGUCCGUUUUUACUGCCGUUUCAUCCGAUUUAUUUUAUAUCGAGCCAUAGUUUUUUUCUGAUGGAAUAUAUACAUUUGUACGAAUAAAAAAUAUAUU